AUGGAUGAUGAUCUUGAAGGCGACGAGAUCGGAACUAUUGAAGGCUUGCUCGAGGGCGACGGCUUCAUCAAUGAAGAGAUCAAGGAGGAAGAGACUGCAAGAAAGAGGAGAUUCAAGCGGAAGAGGCGGCUUGAAUCGAUGCAGAAGAAUCAAAUGAACGAACCAUUGAUGUCAUCUAUCGUCGCGAAGAAACUACGAUUGGAGAAAUCGUCGCCGGCCGGAUCCAUUCAAUUGCAACAAACGGGUACAAAAUAUUCUUUGAAAGAAGAGUCAAACGCUUUUUGCAGUACCAUAUCGACUCCGCCACGAGUCUCUGAAGUAUUGGAAAAUCAUGAUUGUGACAAGAGAUAUACUGGUACUGGUGAAUUUGACAUGUUCUCCGGCUCCGUCUCGCCUCCGUCAAGAGUCCCAAACGCAUCGAAAAAUCACGAUUAUGAUGAACGAAAUCGAAUUUUGGACCAGCAGCAGGAUUGGGACGAUGUUGAGGGUUACUACAAAGCAGCAAUAGGGGAAAAAAUAUCUGUUAAUUUGACGAAGAAUUGUGCAGUCAGAUUUAGAGUCUCUGGUGUGGUUGGAAAGGGUGUUUUCUCGACGGUUCUGAAGUGUGUGACAGAAAGCAGCAACAGCAGCACUGUGUUGCCGCCUCAAGUCGCACUGAAAUUCAUCAGACACAACGACACAAUGGCGAACGCUGCAGUUAAGGAGGUCAAAAUUUUACAGCGGUUGAGAAAUAGUCUUGGAGUGAUUUCCCUUCUUUUGCCAUCAGAUAGUGCGCCCUUGGAAUAUCGUGGUCACACGAUCUUGGCAUUUCCUCACAUGGAGUACAACCUUCGCGAUCUAUUGAAGAAAUAUGGUCAAGGAUUGGGACUAUCACUCACUGCUGUUACAUCAUACUUUCGUCAGCUCCUAGCCGCAUUGACUCAACUUCAAAAGCAUAACGUCAUUCACUCGGAUUUGAAACCAGACAACAUUCUUGUGAGCGCCGACUUUUCUUCCGUUUCAAUAUGUGACUUCGGUAGUGCGAUUGAUAGUCAGGAGAGCGGUGAGAUGGUUACUCCGUACUUGGUGUCAAGGUUUUACCGCGCGCCUGAAAUCAUAUUGGGGCUAAUUCCAACAUAUGCGAUUGAUCUAUGGGGUAUUGCGGUCACUGUUGCAGAGCUUUUCCUUGGAAAGGUUGUGUUCAACGGAUCUGACAACAACGAUAUGUUGAAAAUGAUGAUGGAGGUUUUGGGGCCAUUUAGUAAUCGUUUGAUUCGUCAACAUUUGGUCCAAGCCCAAAAGUUCCCGUUGAAAACGCACUUCAGUCAGGAAGCAACAACGUUUGUCUUUCGACAAGCGACCGUAGACCCUGUCACGGGCCAGGCAGUCCAUAAAGAUGUCUCUCUUCAGUCUUUCACGCCCUCCCUACAGUCUAGGAUUUUGAGAGCCAAAUCAGGCCAAGACAGUCGUACGAGCGCAUUGCGUUUCGCUGAGAUCCUUCAGAAAUGUAUGACGCUCGAUCCAACGAGGCGUAUUUCAGUAAAGGAUGCCAUUCAUCAUGAUGUUUUCAAGACAAAAAAAUAG